CCUCAUCCUCUCCCAUCCUCUCAUCCCACUCUCAACCAUGUCAUCUGCAGUUGUAUUUGCCUACCACAAUGUAGGCGUCCGCUGCCUCUCCGUCCUCCUAGCCCAAAACAUCAAUGUCAAACUCGUCGUCACCCACGAAGAUGACCAGUCCGAAAACAUCUGGUUCGACAGCGUCGCCAGCCUCGCCCACCAGCACAACAUCCCAGUCAUCUGCCCGAAAACUCCGAACACAGAAGAACUCGUUUCGCGCCUGAACUCCCUAAAACCAGACUUUAUCUUCUCCUUCUACUACCGCAACAUCCUCAGCGUGGAUGUCCUCAACACAGCUCCCCGCGGCUGCUACAACAUGCACGGCUCUCUACUCCCGAAAUACCGCGGCCGGGUCCCUGUCAACUGGGCUGUGUUGCGCGGCGAGACACAAGCCGGCGCGACGCUGCAUGAAAUGGUGAAGAAGCCCGAUGCAGGCGCGAUAGUCGGCCAGAUGGCAGUGCCGAUUCUCCCCAACGACACAGCCGAGGAGGUCUUUGGAAAGGUGCUUGUUGCGGCGGAGAUUGUCCUGAAUGACACAUUACCGGCGAUUGUCGAUGGAAGUGUGCAACGGCAAGAGAUGGAUCUAUCCCAGGGGUCUUAUUUUGGUGGACGCAGGCCGGAGGAUGGAGUGAUUGAUUGGAAGGCUAUGGGUGCGAGGGAAGUGCAUAACCUCGUGCGAGCAGUUACGCGUCCGUAUCCGGGUGCUUUUACGGAUACCUCCAAGGGGAGGUUGGUUAUUUGGAAGACGUUGGUUGUUGAGAGUCAAAGCCAAGGAUCAGCGGAGCCUUGUCUGUGGUUCAAAGAUGGUCGGUUGUUUGCGACUGCUUGUGAUGGAGGUAUUUUGCGUAUUCUCUCUGCUGAGAUGGAUGGGAAGGCAUUGGAGCCGGUGGAUUUUCCGGCUUCAUUUGCACUGUCCUAGGUGACAGAAGUUAUUCAACCUACAUGUAUCCAAAUCAUAAUAUUCCAUCCUGAUUAGCCUAGAAUUAGAGGAAAUGAGAAGCAAAUUCUAUAUGCUAAUUUCCAAACAAUGCCAU